AAACUCCCAUUUCCACAGCCAAGUCACAAGUGGUGGUGGAGGAAGCACCGAAACAAAUAAUAGAGUAGAAAAUGGCAGCAUCAGCGGUCAAAGGAGUGUCCCUCAACCACAUAUCCAGAGAAUCCUCAGACAUCAGGCGUCUCGCCAACUUCUACAAAGAGAUUUUUGGGUUUGAGGAGAUAGAGAGCCCCAACUUCUUGGAGUUUAAGGUCAUCUGGUUGAAUCUGGCUUCAGCUUUCCAACUCCACCUCAUCGAGAGGAACCCCAGCACGAAGCUUCCCGAAGGUCCCUGGAGCGCCACGUCACCCGUUGCUGACCCCAGCCAUCUCCCCAGAGGUCACCAUAUCUGCUUCUCCGUCUCCAAUUUCGAUUCUUUUGUGCGAACUCUCGAGGAAAAGGGAAUUCAGACUUUUGAGAGGUCCCUCCCUGAUGGGAAGGUUAGGCAAAUCUUCUUCUUUGAUCCCGAUGGGAAUGGAUUGGAGGUUGCGGCUCCAAAGGAAUGAAUAUAACGGCUCCACAAUAAGCUGCAGUGAAAAUUCAGGUGCACGCAAUUAUUAGUUACCUUAAUGGUUGUGUAAUUAUGAUAUUGGAUAUGUGUCUCUAUUUAUUUCCUUAGCUUUUCUUCAAAAGCAUCCAUUGGUAUCUUAGCAUGGCCAAUAUAUAUCAAGUACCUGAUUCAUGUGUUGUUGAAAGGCUGUAAUAAUCGUAAUAUGAAGCAGUCAUGGAGCAUGUUAGCCA